AUGAGGACCAUGAAGAUCCUGGGCGGUGUUCUGAUACUCUCCCUGAUGUUGGCAGAGACCACAUUGGGCGACAUUCAGAAGAGAGUCGUCGGGGGUAACACGUGCAGUCCCACUGAAAGGCGAUACCAUGUCCGUUUGACAGCUAGAAAUCCAUCAGACAAAUUGGAAAAGGUCUGCGGCAGUUCUCUGAUCACCAACAAGUGGCUUCUAACCGCCGCUCGCUGUUGGCCUGAUGGACAAGAAUGGAAGAUGGGGAAGACAUCUAAACCAAAAGAGUUCCAAACAGUUCAGAUUGCAGGCUAUGCUGCCACUCCACCUGCUGCACCUGAAGCUGGGGAACCUGAUGCUGAGGAACCUGCUGCUGGGGAACCUGCUGCUGAAGCCCCUGAUGCUGCCAACACCAAAGUCCUACAUUGUGCAGAGCUGGAUGUUAUGAAAUGUGACGCCUCCGUGGCAAAGUCCCAUCAAGACAUCUUCUGUGCACAACGUGCCGGAGUGGAAACCUGUAGCGGUGACUCUGGGACAGGUGUGGUGUAUAAGAACCAGCUCUAUGGUGUCUUCAUAACUGAGGACACUGGUGAAGAAUGUUCUGCAGCGGCACUCAUCAUGGAUGUCUGCGAGUACAAAGAUUGGAUAAAUAAGAUAAUUGGCAAGUAA